AUGAAUGGUUUAGACGAUGAGAAUCAGAUCGAUGAGCGGGACCACUAUACAGAUGAUGGGGAUUAUGAAAUUGAUAUUGAUUCUAUGAACAUGUUUAAGUCAUUGUACUACGAGAUGAUGGCCUAUUUCUCUGAUUUGCAAAUGCAUUUGGGCGAACAUUUGAUGGCUAUUGAUUGGGAUAUGAAAUGCAAAUCGAUUGCCGAACCUGUGGGAAAUUGUUUAACUGCAUUAUUUUAUAUUAUCAGAUUAUUACAAGACACGCUGCUAUCUAAUUAUAAGGAUGUCUACGUAUCUACAGAAGCAUUUGAUCUAAGCAAGUCAACUACAUUGCAGGAAUUCCCAUUUUUAAUACGAUUUGUGGAAGUCUCUAAAACUAAAAAUUUACAAAAUGCUAAGUAUAUUAAAAAGAAGACUUUUAUGUUUUACUUCGACAAAUUGCUUUUAUUUUUAAUGAUUUUAAUUCUUUCAACAAAUGCAUAUAUUUCCUGGACUUUCAUUUGGAGAAAUUUCAAAACUUAUUCAUUAUUAUACGUCGUUGAUCGACCAAACUCCAAAAAUGUUACAAAAUGUUCACGAACUGAUCUGGAUCAGUCAUAUAUGGAAAACGUUUCUUAUGGUUCAUACUGGACAAUGUUGUCCUAUUAUAUUCGUAAUUUUAGAAAGAAAGAUGACUUAGAAGAUGAAAUUACCACUGUGAAACAAAAAACUCCAAAUGUAAAUGAAAAAGAUUACUAUUAUCAGUUAAAAAAAUGGUCACCAUCAAAGUUCUUAACCUCAUUAUUCUGCUCAUUUUCUCCUACAUGUCUAGUAUUUUUGAUAUUGUCAGAUGUUUCAUUUACAACAUCAAUUGCGGUUAUAUUACAUCAAUUUAUAUUUAAGUACGUGGUAUUUGAAGGAUACGAAUCAAGGAUAAAUGACGAAUCAAUUAUCCAUAGUGCAAUGAUAUCAGAAAUAAAUCAAAAAUUUGUAGAACCUAGAUUAUCUAAGAAGGUACAAGAUGCUAAAAUCGAUGCGACGCCUGAAGGUAAGGUUUAUAGAACAGAAUUUUUCCCAUCACUAACCAAUUGCAAAUCCAAUUUGUUUAAUAGACACGACUUAAAGGGCAGAAGUAUCACGGAAUCUUAUAAUGAUAGAAUUAAAGAAUUUGAAAUCGUUACCAAUACAAAUAAUGAAACUCAUAAUGUCAUAAAAGUAGUCAAGAAAUAA